CUCAGCACUGUCGCUCUGAGGACAUUCAAACACACUCGGUUGUUCCGUAAAUACUGUAAAUUCACCGCGCGAUUCUCUUCUUAACAUGGGUUAAGAUGUGUGGAUAACUCUGCGCGAGGAUGGAGACUCGGAUUUUGUGUUUCGACAGGACAGAAAUCACAGAAGGGCUUUAAUAUCUUCUCUUUUGUUGUGUGUGAGAGAUGAUCGCAGUGUUUGUGUGCAGCGCGGCGGCUUUCAUCCUGUACGUCAGCACACUGGACGCGGACUUCUGCUAUGAUGACAGCCGUGCUAUCAAAACCAACCAGGACCUUCUCCCCGAAACACCUUGGACCAACAUCUUCUACGAUGACUUCUGGGGGACGCUUCUCACCCACAGCGGCAGCCACAAGUCGUACCGGCCGCUCUGCACGCUCUCCUUCCGCCUGAACUACGCCCUGAGCGGCCUGAACCCCUGGAGCUAUCACCUGAUCAACGUGCUCCUCCACUGCGCCGCCGCCGCACUCUUCUCCAGCUUCUCCGGCCUGCUGCUGGGGUCGGGCCGCUGGAGCCUGCUGGCCGGGCUUCUCUUCGCCGCUCACCCCAUACACACCGAGGCCGUGGCGGGUGUCGUGGGUCGGGCCGACGUGGGAGCAGCUCUUUUCUUCCUCUUGUCCCUGCGCUGCUACAUUCGGUACUGCUCCCUGAGGACGAGCGGUGCGCACGGGCGGAGCUGGGUGUGGUUCUUGGGCACUUUGGCUUGUGCUUCCUGUAGCAUGCUGUGGAAGGAGCAGGGCGUAACAGUACUCGCUGUGGCAGCCAUGUACGACGUGUUUGUCUUCCAUCGGCUGAAGUUGCAGCAGGUUCUCGCACUCUUCCGAAAGAAGAAGAAUCUGCCGCUGCUGUCGAGUGUGUUUGUGUUGGGCUGUUGGGGAAUCUUUCUUCUGGCCGGUCGUCUCUACUGGAUGGGCAACAAACCUCCAAACUUCUCCAACUCUGACAAUCCUGCAGCAGACUGCCCCUGUUUCCUGUCCAGAACUCUCACCUUCUUCUACCUGCCAGCCAUGAACAUUUGGCUGCUCCUCUGCCCUGACAUGCUGAGUUUUGAUUGGUCAAUGGAUGCUCUGCCACUUGUGAGGAGCGUUGCUGAUUGGAGGAACCUCCACACUGUUGCCUUCUACGGCUCGCUGCUGGCGCUGGCGUGGUUCGGACUCCUCAGCAGCCCAACCAAAGGCAAGGAGACCAACGGGAAAGUCCAUCAUGUAGCAAAUGGGAAGUCCACGAACGGACACGGCUGUAGCUCUGAUCAUGAACACUCGACUCUUUAUUCAAACGGAACUAAUGGUACUGUAAAACACCAUGUGUCGUCUUUACCCACCACUGAGAGUCUGGUGCUGUUCUCAUUGGGUCUGCUGGUCGUUCCCUUCAUCCCAGCCACCAACCUCUUCUUCUACGUGGGCUUUGUGGUGGCCGAGCGAGUGCUAUACAUCCCCAGUAUGGGCUUCUGUCUGCUGGUAGCGGUGGGGAUGAGAUCUUUAUUUGUCAGACUGAGAAGGAAGUCCUCCAGAACACUCCUGAUGGGCUCCUGUGCUGCUCUGGUGCUUCUCUUUGGGAUGAAGACGGUUCUGAGGAAUCACGACUGGCACAACGAGGAGAUGUUGUACAGGUCAGGGAUAUCUGUGAACCCUGCGAAAGCGUGGGGUAACCUGGGAAACGUCCUGAAGAACCAAGGGAAGGUGUCGGAGGCGGAGCAAGCGUACAGGAACGCUCUGUACUACCGCAGAAACAUGGCUGACAUGCUGUAUAACCUCGGUCUGUUGCUGCAGGAAAACAACAGAUUCUCAGAGGCGCUUCAUUUCUAUAAACUGGCCAUCGGGAGCAGACCCACUCUAGCCGCUGCCUACUUGAACACUGGGAUCAUCCUGAUGAAUCAGGGCCGUCUGGAAGAGUCCAAGCGCACAUUUCUCACCUGCUCUGAUAUCCCAGAUGAAAACCUGAAGGAUCCUCACGCUCACAAGAGCUCCGUCACCAGCUGCCUGUAUAAUCUGGGAAAACUGCUUCAUGAACAGGGUCAUCAGGAGGAGGCCAUAUCUGUAUAUAAAGAAGCCAUACAGAAGAUGCCCAGACAGUUUGCCCCACAGAGUCUUUAUAACAUGAUGGGAGAGGCUUACAUGAGACUCAACAGACUGACGGAGGCUGAGAUGUGGUAUAAAGAAUCCCUUCGAGCCAAACCAGACCAUAUACCUGCACACCUGACUUAUGGCAAACUGCUGGCCGUGACGGGUCAGAAAACGGAAGCAGAGAAACUCUUUCUCAAGGCCAUCGAGCUCGAUCCUACUAAAGGAAACUGCUAUAUGCAUUAUGGUCAGUUUUUGCUGGAAGACUCGAGACUUUUGGAAGCUGCUGAAAUGGCACAGAAAGCCGCUCAGUUGGACAGUGAAGAGUUUGAUGUGGUUUUCAGCGCAGCUCAUAUGCUCAGGCAAGCAAGCCUCAAUGAUGCAGCUGAGAAAUACUACAGACAAGCAGCGAGUCUGAGAUCUAAUUAUCCUGCAGCCCUCAUGAAUCUUGGAGCCAUUCUCCAUCUGAACGGGAAACUCCAGGAGGCCGAGGCCAAUUACCUGAGAGCCUUGCAGCUGAAACCGGAUGACACCAUCACUCAGUCCAACCUGAGGAAGCUGUGGAACAUCAUGGAGAAACAGGGCUUGAGGACUCAUGGACACCUUUGACUAAAGAGCACCUUCACUGAGGUUUUGAGGGAAAUGUUCUCUCUCUGCUCUCACUACUGAGGUAAUCUACAUCCAAGAGCAGACUAAUGAAGUCUUCAGAAGCUCAAAAUGAGAGCAGCUACUGUAUGUUUGGUACAGUGGAGAACAUCUGGAAGACUCUAAAGCUGUAGAGCUCCCCAGACCUGUCAAGAACCUCUCUAGAGCAUUUUGCUUUUCAGAGGUCUUCGAGAACUCAAAAGAAGUUCUUCACUUGAAGUGGCCCAUAGAUACAUACUUGAAGUCUCACAGUUGAUUAGGUUUUAAUUAGUUAGUUGAUGCUUAAUAGUCUUGAAGGGCAAUAUUUGCUGUAAGGCUGUAUAACAUUAUGAAGGAAUGAGAGUGCGAUUUAUCUCUUUGAAGCUUCCUCUGCAUGCACAGUACAGUUCAUUCAUUCAUUCGACUGGAAUCAUAUUUAUUGAGUACAUCAUAGCUUAAGGACAAAUCAUUUUCAUGCACAAAGGUGACGCAUGAUUUUAUGCCAUCUAAACUGAUCAACAUAAUAAUAACAAGAUAAAAUGGCCAUGAAAACACGUCCUAAAUCGUUCACACGUACCGUAAUAACCACACAAAAAACGUUGUAUUGACACUCUACAUGUUCACCGCAGAUGAUAUGACACGUCUUACAUGUGUGUGAAUCACGGAUUUGUACACAUUCCAUUCAUUUUAUAUGAAUCCAGACCAUUAGAUAACUACUGGGAUCAUGGAAUUGGAUCCACACGCAGUAUCUUGCCAAAAAUAACUCAAAUCCUGAAAGAAACAUUAGAUAAGCUCUGUAGCUGAAGGAAGUGUUCCCGCGAGCUCUCUCUGUCUUCAAAACUGCAAAACUUGUUCUGUAGCAGAAAAACACGAGGACAUGUUCACAUCAUUGCUUUACUAUCAGAAGAGUGAUGGAUCACACAUGAUUAUUUCACAUUCAGCAGAAGGACGGAUCCAUGGAUAUCAGCUAAUGAUAAUGUCUCAUUUACAGCCCGGUCCAGUAUAAAAGCAAAGCUUUGAGGGUAACUCCUAACCAAAUACACAUCUUUUCACUCUUGCACUCAUCUAACAAUAUACAGCCAUAGUUUUGGAAGGGAUUGUUUAUAUGUAAUAUUGCUUUAGUUGAUUUUUUUUCAUUGUUUGAGUGUAUAAAUUGAACCUAAUAUAUAAAAAUGACACAUUACACAGUAUGAUAUUUUUGCUCAAACAUAAAAAUGGUGAGUAACAAUGUGUGAAUUACGUGUUCUCAGUCUUGUUUUCAUUCUUGCGAUUAUUUUGUUUCAUAAUUGUCUUCUUUUCGUCUUUGUCCCUGAACUUUGUGUACAUACUGAAUGAGGAUAGAUGUGUUUGAAAAGCUCUUAUUUUGUGAUCGCACAGUUCACAUUGGUGAGUUUUGUUAUGAAGGGAAUACAGUGUUGGGUCAGUAUUAAAUUAUUCCCAAUGUGUUUGUCUUGAGGGAAAAAUUCAAAUAAAACAGCUGGCACUGUGUUAUAUGUAAAAGUGUGUAAAAGAUUUCCUAAUGGACAUGCCCUUUGUUAAAACAUAUUUCUGAACAUUUUGAUGUAAUUCAUCCGCUGUUUUAUUCACAUGUUUUCAGAGGAGUGUUCAACAGUGGGAGUUUAUAAACCCGUAAUGUGUCUCAGAAGAAACUGUCUCUUCAUAUUUCUCUACUUUGUUGUGACUUCUUAAAGUUAUGACUGAAAUGCAAACAAUAGUCAAUAUAAGAAAGAUCAUAUGUAACGUCGUGAAUCUCAUGAGGAAAUGUCCGGGUCAUAUUUCACCCCAAAAUCAAAAGAAAAAAAUAUUAUGUUUUGCUUUAAAAAAAAUGAAGCCUGCCAUUAUAUCUUUAUUAAUUUUAUAAUUUUUUGCUAUAUGACAUUAUUUUCAUAACAUUACUGAUACAGUGAUAAAAAUCGUGUAAUUUCAACCUAUUUUCUAUUAUUAUUAAAAUUUGCAUAAAAUCAGUACAACAAAUAUGACAAAUGAGUUUUCUUGAAUUUCUACUUUAUACAGUAUACUCUAUUCACAGUGCACCUCAUGGUCCUGUAUCUCAGCUUUAUUUUCUUGAAUUCUUAAUUUUGUCUUUUGAUUUUGGGGUGCAGUAUGACAUGUCUUGACCGUUUUCGUGAGAUUCACAUUGGACAUUAUAAUAAGAGUGCAGAAAAGAUUUAAUUAAUACCACAGUUGCAGAAAAAGACUAAUGUGUAAAGAGACCUGCUCUAUUAUAUGUCAUCAAAUGCAUUCUUCAUCAUUAUUAAAUAAUAAUAA